GAAAGGGCCUGUGGUUCCGACUGAGGAAGAUACUUCUCUGUGUUUUGGGGUUGUACAUUGUUAUUCCAUUUAUCGUCAAACUAUGUCCUGGAAUACAGGCCAAAUUGAUUUUCUUGAAUUUUGUGAGGGUUCCCUAUUUCAUUGACUUGAAAAAACCGCAGGAUCAAGGUUUGAAUCACACCUGUAAUUACUACCUCCAGCCAGAGGAAGAUGUGACUAUUGGAGUCUGGCACACUGUCCCUGCUAUCUGGUGGAAGAAUGCACAAGGGAAGGACCAGAUGUGGUAUGAGGACGCCUUGGCUUCCAGCCACCCUGUCAUUCUGUACCUGCACGGGAACGCAGGUACCAGAGGAGGUGACCACCGAGUGGAGCUUUACAAGGUGCUGAGUUCCCUUGGUUACCACGUGGUCACCUUUGACUACAGAGGUUGGGGUGACUCAGUAGGAACGCCGUCUGAGCGGGGCAUGACCUAUGAUGCACUCCACGUCUUUGACUGGAUCAAAGCAAGAAGUGGUGACAACCCCGUGUAUAUCUGGGGCCAUUCUCUGGGCACUGGAGUGGCAACAAAUCUGGCGCGACGCCUCUGUGAGCGAGAGACACCUCCAGAUGCCCUUAUAUUGGAAUCUCCAUUCACUAAUAUCUGCGAAGAAGCUAAAAGCCAUCCGUUUUCAGUGGUAUAUCGAUACUUCCCUGGGUUUGAUUGGUUCUUCCUUGAUCCCAUUACAAGCAGUGGAAUUAAGUUUGCAAAUGAUGAAAAUGUGAAGCACAUCUCCUGUCCCCUGCUCAUCUUGCAUGCUGAGGAUGACCCCGUUGUGCCCUUCCAGCUCGGCAGAAAGCUCUACAACAUUGCUGCACCAUCUCGAAGCUUCCGAGACUUUAAAGUUCAGUUUGUCCCCUUUCAUUCAGACCUUGGCUAUGGUCACAAGUACAUCUACAAGAGCCCUGAGCUUCCACGGAUUCUAAGGGAAUUUCUGGGGAAGUCAGAACCCGAGCGCCAGCACUGAGUCUGGCCAAGUGAAGGAAGCAUGAAGACCUCUGCCCUCCUCCCCUUUUCUUCCAGUCAGCAGCCUGGCACCACAGAGUCCCAGGGUGCCAGCAACUGCAGUGCUCAGGAGCCCAGCUGCACCUGGAAAGAAGACUCAGAUGCCAGCCAGGGCGGGUGCAGUGCCCGGCAGCCUGGAACAUGGAUCCAAGCGAGAAAUGCGGGUGACGGGCAUGUGACCCUUGCUCCCUCUUGCUGCCACUCAGCCUCAGCUCUUGUUGGGAAGACUUGGUGACAGAGCAGCCAGCUGUUACUUGCUCAAUCCCAACUUCCUGAGCUGGGCAUGGGGAGCUCAGGCAGGGGGGCUGGGGACUUGGGACCACCCGUGGAGAAUGUGGGGAAAUGGGUUCUUUCUGCCCCUUCCUGGCACAUGCAGAAUGGACUCUAGUGGCUCAAUGGUCCCCUCCUGCCCUGUGUACCCGCUUGCUUUCCUCAGCCAUCCCUGUCUCCUCUGGGCAGACUGCUCACCCACAGCGGGGAAGUGCCCAGGAUCUGCACUUCCUCCCAUUCCACCCACCUGUCUGUGUAACCCGGCCUUAGACUGAGCAUUUAUUUAAGAAUAAAAUCGUGGUGGUGGUA